UCUUAAGUUUCCUGCAAUGGCCAUUCACUCUCGCAUGGAACAGCCUGAGCGACUUCGUGUAUAUGAGAGCUGCAAAUCAAACCACACCCGCAUUAUUGUUGCCACGGAUCUUUUUGGUCGUGGUGUCGACAUUGAUCGUAUAAACCUUGUGGUGCAGUUUGAUAUGGCAUCCGAUGCGGAUUCAUGCCUUCAUCGCGUGGGUCGUGCGGGUCGCUUUGGCACGAAGGGCCUGACGAUUGCCUUUCUCACCGAUGAGGAGAAGGAGAUUAAACGUGAGAACCGCAAGUACACCGAUCACGGCGUCAUGAAGGAACUCCAGGAGAGGUUUGAGAUGCAGGUACGGGAGCUGACUGACAUCAGCACUCAACUUAACCAGAGCCAAUACAUGAAUCAGUAA